UUUUCCUAUUCCAUUUUUAUUUUUCUCUCUUUCUUCUUUCUUUCUUUCUUUCUUUCUUUCUGUCCGAAUCAAAAAAAUCCGAGCCCCUCAUCAUCGAACAAGCCCCAGCCGCCGAUUCUUCCUUCUUCCCGGAGAUCUCUACUUCUCCAACUCCUCUCAGUUGGGUGGAAGAGCUGGUUCUUCUUAGGAGAGUGGUCAACUCGAUAGAAAAACUCAUGUUGGUGCACAGAUGAGCAGAACUGAUGUUAUUUGCAGUAGAAGGAGGAGGGUUCUUCUCGUCUUCAGCUUCUGGGUAUAGCAAAGGUUUGGCCCUUCUACUCUUGGGUCACAAGGACGACGACGAUAAACCCAUGAGAGUUUCGCCGUGGAAUCAGUACCAGUUGGUGGACCAAGAAUCUGACUCUCACCUCCAGCUGGCUUCCACGAAGAACCGACUUUCCCGCGGUUGCGCCUCCUUUGUCUGCUUUGGUCGCGCUUCCGCCGGGCUUGACACUCCGUCUCCCCUUAAAGUGGGCCCUGCCCAACAGCAGGAUGUCUUGCAUGAGUCUGUUGCUUCUGAUAAAGGCGAGGAUCAUGCUGCUACCCCCGAGGAGUUUCAUACUGCAAGAAAACUUGCUCUCAAAAGUAGCUUGAAGAAGCCAUCAAAAAGCAUACCAGUUCCUGUCCAGAGUUCUAAUGAACAUGAAACAAAUAGUCAAAUUCCAGGCAAUGCUGAAAGGAGAAAAGUGCAGUGGACUGAUACUUGUGGGAGUGAGCUCGUUGAUAUCAGAGAAUUUGAACCCAGUGAAGCGGAUGGAUCAGAUGAUGAAUUCAACAAUGGGAAUGAAAGAAGUUGUUCGUGUGUGGUUAUGUAGAUUGGCUUGUACCUGAUGAUGAUUUAGGCUUGGACUUCUCUUUAGAUGCGACAAUGCAUCAGGUAACAUACCGCUAACAGUGCUUUUCCGGUUGAUUACUUAUUUCUGGAAGGAGAAAAGUGGUUUUUGAGUUGAUGCGGGAUACCACCAUAGCAAGGAGAAUUUUUCCGGCUAUGCUCAUCACACUGAAUAGUUCUGUCUAUAUCGGGUUUGCUGUGGGUUUCAAUUUUGUCACUCCAGGUUUGGGGUUGUUUUGUUUAUUAUUCUCUGUGUGACUCCAUUGUUCAUUAUUUAUCGUAAUUAAUGUGUUUCUUUUCUUCACAUAAUUUGGUCUAAUGAAUUUUUUAUUCAUUUCUCCUCCUAAAAUGUUUGAAACAUGGAUGAAAUGUGAGUUUCUGGUGGAGUCUUGGGGUCAUUAUAGUAAAAUCUACAAAUGGCCCAUAGUCCCUUACUGAUGCUAUGCUCCAUAAUCUAAAAGCACUGAUAUUAUUUUGAAAAAGGGUGCUAAAUGUCUUUGUUUGUUUAUGCAUUUUGUUGUUAUUUGUUUGUUUUGGCUGGAGCUCUUUGCAGUUUGGCUCCUAUUUUGUGGACCUCUUGUCCCCCUUUCCCUUAUUGUACCUCUUCUGUUUUGUUUCAAUAAAAUUUGUUUGUUUGUU